UGUGCAUGGGUAAUAAAGGAAGAAUUUUAUAACACAAACUCGUUCCAUGCCGCCGUUAGUGAUGGUGAAUAAUUAAAUUGUGUAAUUAAAACUAAUCGCGAAUCUCGUCAAACGAUCGUUAAUGCGAUUCAUAUUCGUGAGUAGUCUCGAGUAGUUGUUCUUUAUUCGAAAAAUAAGUGCUCCGCCCUCACAAUGAACGCUGAUAAAUUGAAGAAACUUCAAGCUCAAGUCAGAAUCGGAGGCAAAGGAACACCUCGCCGAAAGAAGAAGGUAGUCCAUACGACCGCUGCGACCGAUGAUAAGAAAUUACAAGGAUCUUUAAAGAAGCUAGGCGUCAAUACAAUCCCUGGCAUCGAAGAAGUAAAUAUGAUUAAAGACGAUGGCAAUGUAAUCCAUUUCAACAACCCCAAAGCUCAGGCUUCCCUUGCUGCCAAUACGUUUGCCAUUACCGGCCAUGGUGAAACUAAACAAAUUACGGACAUGUUACCUAGUAUCUUGAAUCAACUCGGACCCGAAGGAUUGGCUCAGUUGAAACGUAUAGCCACCGGAGGUAUGUCAGGAUCCAGUAUGGUUAGCAAAGCUACAAUCGACGAAGACGACGAGGUCCCUGAGCUAGUGGAAAACUUCGAAGAAGCUUGCAAAGAAGAGGUUACUAAAGCUAACGUUUCAAAAGAUACGAAAAAGAAUGGAGUCUAAAAAAGCAUACCUCAUGUGUUGGAACACUGGUUUUGAUUAAUGCAGAAAAUGAGUUCAAAUUAAUAAAUGACUGCGAUUAACAAAUUAAAAAGUUCGGUGUGAUUGUUUACGCCUUUUCCUUUUAUCUUUCUUCUUCUUCAGUAACUGUUAAGGUACAUAAUGUUAUUUUGUAGAGCAAAAAUUAUUUUAUAUUGACUACUUUUUGAGGUAGUUGAGGUCUGUUUAUGCUUUAAGUCAUAUCCAAAAAAAAAAAAAAUACAUCUUUGUUUGAAAUUUA